AUGGCGAAGUUGUCCAAAUCGAAGCCUGCUCAAAGUAGACCUAUCACAGACGAAAAUCCUCUUCGAAACGCCUUUCACAGCCUGCUCAACGAAGUUACAUCGCUAGUCUUGCAAUCAGUGGUGCUGUCUUCGCUGGAACAGUCUACGCACUAUAUGGUAAUGGGGUACCCGAAAUUACAUCUGAGGCUGUGCUCAAGGUGGCAACUGCAGCGUGGUCAUACGCAAAAUUUCGUGGAGGGGUCAGAUAAUGUAGUCUCAGAGGCGAUCAUCGACGACCGUACGAGGGGAGAAGCUGUCAGUUGGGAUGAGGGUGCGAAGGUCGCGCCGCAUAGGAGAGCGAAGAGGCGGACUUGCUAUGGCAGCUAA